GCACAAGCAGUGGGGCGGCUCUCUCUCACUCUCUCCAUAUAACAGCAACAGCAACUCGACGAGAGAGCUUCAGCCCGUUCCACAACCAUUGCGUUCCACUGCUAACAGAGGGAGAGAGCUUACAGAGAAGAGCUUACAGAGUGCUGUAAGCAGUGCCUGCCAGCCAGAUUGCCGCUAUCGUGGCCGUCUGUUCGAUUCCGUGGUCGCACUCGUUUUUGUCGUUUCGUUCGGUGCGGCGGUUGCUUUCCAACCAAAAUUAAGCAGUAGAAACAAGCAGUGAAAAGCAGCCACACAAAUCUAUCUACAACUAAUCGCAAACAAAAUAUCAGCCACAAAUGCAACCAAUAUUUUUUUUUAAGUAACCAUUUUUUUUAUGAACUGUGAAAAGAAACAAAAAACAAACAAACAUAUGCAGAAAAUAAAUAGCAGCAAAUAAACAGAAGAUACAACUACAGUUACAGAUACAUCAGCAGCUACACAACACACAGAUAUACAACACUCACACACACACACACACACACACACAGCCAGCGUUCCUGUACUCAAAAGCAUUCCUAAUCGCCGCAAAAAAAUACAUAAAUAAAAUAUAAUAACACAAAAAAAAAAGAAGAAAGAAAGAAAAAAAACACAACAACAAAGCAAGUAAAAACCAAUGCAAAAAAGGGGAAAUUAUCAACACAGCCGAGAACACAGCAGCACAAAAAACGAAAGAAAUAAUGCGUAAAAACAAUUAAUUAAAAUGCACAUAAAACACGAGUAAAAGCCACAACAAAAGAGAAGAAAAAUCCUGUAAAUAAAUUUCAUGGCUUAGAAAAAUUAAACGUUCAAAAGUGUGACCAAAACAAGUGUCGAAACAAGAGAAAAAACGAGCGAAUAAUUGAAGCAAAAUUUAGGAAAUUUUAGAGGUAUUCCUAAAUCAAUCUAAAUCUAAAUCUAAAUCUAUACAAAACAAAAUAAAAGUUAGAACUAAAAUAGUUAAACAAAAUUGAACCCAAAAAUAUAAAACUAAAAGCCGAAAUUCAGCAAAAGGUGGCUUGUUGCUAAUCGCCAUUAGUUUGUCCGUGUGCUUGGCCUGCGGCAGUGUGUUGGUGGCCGCAAUUGCCCUACGCUCUGCCCCAGCAACAGCAGCUGGAGCAACGACAACAACAACAGCAACAGCGGCAGCAGCAGCAGCAACAGCAACAGCAACACUGACACUAGAAGCAGCAGCGACGCGAAGGAUACGCCACAAACGUCGCUCGUCGCAACGACGGCGCAGCAGCAACAACGCGGUGCUGUCAACGGGGAUUGGACUGGUAACGGGUAACGAGGCUAUCUCUGCUCUGGCCCUGCCACUCGCCACCGCCUCCGCCGCCACCGCCACCAGCUGCACCGCCUCCAACAGCGCAUUGGGCUCCGCUGCAGCGGAUCAGACAGUAGCAGGCGCCGCAGCAGCAGCAGCAGCAGCAGCAGAGACAGCAGCAACAACAACAGCACUUUUGCCAACCGAGCCGGAACAUUCUGUACCCAUGCUAUCGGUACAGACGGCCGGCUGCGCGGGAAUGGAGCGGCUCGGCGUUCCGACCCGCACAUCAUUAAGCACACCACCCGACGAUAGGGAUCAAUUUAGAUGUAGAAUGCGCGUAGAUGCGCUCCAGGCACGUGAGCUCUUGGCUGUACGUGGCGAUUCUGUGAUUCGUAGCGCCGGCAACAAUCAGCAGCACCAGCAGCAGCAGCAGCAACCAUCACUCCAUCUCCAUCAUCACAACAAUAAGCAACAACAUUCCCACCAUCAGCAUCAGCAGCAACGCAUGACAACUCCAACGACGCACAGCUCCAGCUCUAGCUUCAGCGCAGGCACCGGCAGUGGCACCGGCAGUGGCAGUGGCAGUGGCAGUACAGGGCUCAACAACAACAACAACAAUAGUAUUAGUAGUAAUGUGGCGCGAGGCGGCAUCGAGGCCACCACACUCAAGUAUGGCAACACGGGGAGCGGGAGCGGGAGUGGGAGUGGGAGUGGGAAGGGCGAGAGCUCCUCCUCAUUGUCUUCGUGUGGCUCCUCGCUGCAGAGCCACAGCAACGACCACCAUCAACAUUACCAAUAUCAGCAGCAGCAGCAGACCCCGCGCUGUCCCCACCAUGUACCACUGCCGGACAGCGAGUACGGACAGGAUCGUCAUCUGCAGAUCAGGAGUAGCUACCAGCAAUCGGAGAUCACCAGAUCGUACACCAAACCGCCGCCCAAUAAGACCGUGAGGGAUGUGCCCGAGCAAAUCUCGGCGGGCUGUGGCAGUUCCAGCUACCGCCUGACCACGCUCCAGGCCGCCGCCACGGGGGGCAUCAUCAGCGGGUCGUCCACGUACACAGCCUCCUCGUCCUCGGCGUCCACCUCCAAGUCCAAGCCGAACGCCAUAACCAAGUUCUUCUCACGCAUCAGUUCUCCAAAGUCGCCGCCGGCGGGGGGCAGCUGCUCGAGCCAGCCUCCAUCACUAGCCUCCUCCGCCUCGAUGUCGUCCUCGGCCUCCUCGCUGGCCUCCUCGUCCUGUGUGUCCACCUCAUCGUCCGCCUCCUCGCUGGCCGCUGCCCCCCUGCCCACGCUGCCCAUCUCCAAUGCGGCCACACUGAAGAGCACAGCCUGCGGCUACGGGACCAAUCCGAGUGCGACGACAGCAGCCGCCGGCAGCAGUCACCACAGCUACGUGGCAACGCCCGCAGCGACAGGAAGCUGCACGCCCGAAAGGAUACCCACGCCGCCGCUCUCCGUCUGUGUGCCCAUUGGGGCUGGCCUGCAGCUCUUCAAGAGCAGUAGCUUCAAUCUUCCCGCCGAGACAGCAGCAGCAGCAGCAGCAGCAGCAGCAGGAGGAGUAGCGGAAGGAGUGGCAGAGUCCCUGCUCCCUGCCACAAUGAGCCGCAAUAAUUCCAACUCUAGCAUGAUGAGCUGCCAUUGCAGCUGCAAUAGCCGGAAUUGCAGCCACUGUGCGGCCAACUCAUAACUGAGCUCGUGUUAAGUUAACUCUUAGUUACACAAUACAUCUAUCUAUCUAUAUAGCUCUAUAGCUACAGAUACAUAUGUAAUUAUUAUAAUUAUAUUAUAUAUAGUAUGUA